AUGGAGCAGCCUCCAAGUAGGUCUUCAUUAUCCACAAAUUCAUCCAGUAGCAGUGCUCACACACGCCGCUAUCGGACACGUUCCCGGACUUCCCAAGUGGAUGAAACUCUUUUUGGAACAGUCAAACAGUCUCCAAGUAAACUUAAGAACAUUAUUAAAGAUGAUUCCAGAACCCAGUCUCCCAGUGCCCCAGCCACCAAGGCACAAAAGCCUGAGACAAUCCGUAUUGUCACCAAGGACCUCAUCAGGGACCUCAGAAUUCCCAGAAAGGAUCCAUCUGGACACUCUGUCAUCCUCUGCCAGGCUGAAAUUGAGCGCCUCGUGGAUAAUGCUCAUGUGCUUACGAAAGAGGAGAGGGAAGCAAUAGUGGAGGCCCAGCACAAAGUUCUGGAGGAGGCCAUGCAUGCUGCUCAGCAGAGGAGGGAGCUCAUUGAGCAAGCAGACUUAUCCCGUCAGAAGAACCAAGCCCUUAGUGAGCUGGAAGCUGAGGCUAGGGAUCGUGAUCAGUACUUACUGGAGAGGGCGAACACCCUGAGAAUGGAGCAAGAAGAUGAGGUCAAGAAGCUUAACGAGCUGAUUCUGAAGGCGCAGUGCCAUGUGGAGAGGGACGGUCAGAUUCAGGAGAAGAAGGAGAUUCUGUCUAUGAUGCAGGAGGAGGAGCGCAGGCUGGAUGCCAUGAUGAAGGCACACUGUCAGCACGACCUUGAGAAGCAGGAACAGAUUGACAACCGACGCAAAAAUGAGAGGAUUCAAGGGAAGCUGAGCAUCAUCAAACAGAUUGAGAAGCGUCAGGAGGAGCGCAUGCUGGAGGAAGUGCUGAAGGAACAGGAAGGGCAGAAGAGGCUGGAGGAUGUGAAGAGGAUGCAAAUGGAGGAUUUGAUGGUGAUGGAAAAGAGGAAAGCAGAGCAAAAGAGGCUUCAGCUGGAAAUUCAGAAAAUCAAUGAGCAAAAUCUACUUGCCAAGGAGCAUGAGAAAGAAAAGGAGAGGCUGGCUGACAUUCAGGCUAUGGAAUAUACACGCGAGAAAUUGGAGCGACAAGCAGAGUAUGAGGCUGAACAGCUACGAAUAAGGAAGGAGAAGGAUAAAGAAAUAGCACGACUGAGAGCUCUACAGGAAAGAGACAGAGACCAUAAAGCUGAAGCGGACAUACUCAGGGCUCGUAGGGCCCAGGAGGCUGCUGAAAGGGAAUGGAGAAGGAAAGAGAAAGAGCAGACGAAGAAAAAGUUGGAGAAAGAGGCAAGAUUGACGGCUGAUCGUCUAGAGCAAGUUGCCCAUAAAGAGCGGAUGGUUUCUAUGGAAGCUGGACGAGAGAGGGCUGAGUUUGAGAGGAUUUUGAGGGUCCAGCAGGAGCUCAUCGCAAAGGACAAGCAGAAGAAAGAACAGCACCAGAAGGAGGCCCGGAACUUUGCUGAGUCGAUUCGGCAGCAGGUUCGGGAGCGGGAGGCUCAGGUCAUCACCCAGAGGAGAGAACGCGUCCUUGAAGGAGAAAAGAUGGAUGAAGAAGCACGUAACCGUCAAGCACAACUGGACAGGUUUAAAGAGAAGAAGCUAAAGGAGUUGAGGGCAACUGGACUUCCAGAGAAAUACUGCAAAGAAGUGGAACGGAAGAUGACCCAGAGAUGUGCAAAGGAAAAAAAGAUAUAGCUAGAU